AUGCUACAAGCCAUGUCGUUGGAGUUGGCGACUGAAUAUAAGAUUCAAGUGGCUUGCGUUCAGGAAACUAGGUGGAAGUGGCAAAAAGAAAGCGUUUUAAAGGGUUAUAAGCUAUGGUAUGCAAGUUUGGGUGGAAAGCGAAGUGGAGUUGGUAUUCUUGUAGCUAAUGAUAUCCUAAAGCAAGUGGUAGAAGUUAGGAGGUGCAAUGAUAGGAUUACGCUAAUUAAAAUAGUAGUAAGAGAAAACAUUAUAUCGAUCAUUAGUCCGUAUAUGCCGCAAGUUGGGCUAGACGAGGAAGUCAAACGUGGAGACUUCAAUGGACAUAUAGGUAAGGAGGCAGUUAACUGUAACUCAGUUGAUGCCGGGUUUGGUUAUGAUGUAAGGAAUGAGAGUGGAGAGAUCUUGUUUGAGUUUGCGUUAGCAAAGAAGUUAGUUAUAGCAAACUCGAUCUUUAGAAUGAAGGAUGAGCACUUGAUUACGUACAAGAGUGGUAGGCAUGCAAUGCAAAUUGACUAUUGUUUAGUACGGAAGGUUGAUCUGAGCUAA